UCUUGAACUAGUGUUGAAUCAGUGAUCAUCAUGCCUCCUAAAACAAGUGGCAAAGCUGUUAAAAAGUCGGGCAAGGCCCAGAAAAACAUCACUAAGUCCGAUAAAAAAGGACGCAAGAAGAAGCGUAAGGAAAGUUACGCCAUCUACAUCUACAAAGUCUUGAAACAAGUUCAUCCUGAUACUGGUGUCUCUAGUAAAGCCAUGAGUAUCAUGAACAGUUUCGUCAACGACAUCUUUGAGCGUAUCGCAGCUGAGGCGUCUAGACUUGCGCAUUACAACAAACGUUCCACCAUCACCUCCCGGGAAAUUCAAACUGCAGUGCGUCUUUUGUUGCCUGGUGAAUUGGCAAAGCACGCCGUCAGUGAAGGAACCAAAGCCGUCACAAAGUACACCAGCUCUAAAUAAACUUUCUAAUCUUUCAAUAAACCAAACGGCCCUUUUCAGGGCCACCAAAUUUUUCAAAACGUAUCAAUACUUGUCAAGUUAUUAGUAAAAGUUUGACUUUAAAUUAAUUGUUGUUAAUUUAACUCAAAUAUUUAACAAUUAAAGUUUGCUCUAUUCCUCAAAGUUUUUAAAAAAUAUGAUUUAUUAUUAAUAUUGAGAAAUUCUGCCAUGGCAUCUAUACUGAUGUAACAAUCGAUAUAUACAUAAAUUGCGAUUUA